AUGGGUAUCGUCGACCGCCGCGUGUCGCCAAGAGUUUCUCAAGAUGCUUACGACGCCGAUCGUAUCACGCACAGCUAUAUUACGAAUGUCUCUAGGCCCUUGCGAUCUCAAGAAGCUAGAGGCUAUCAGUAUUCCCCAGCGCCUUCCUUCCCUAAUUUAGCCUUUCCGCAGGAUGCAGGAAGUAUGGUGAGGCAUCAAAUUUUGCCCAGGCCGACUAACGAUCGAGCUGCAGCGGCCGACGACCUUUUGUCGUUGAUUCAGGCUGUAAAAUCAGGUCGUAAGCCGCAGUACGAGCAAAUUCGACGUGGUGACUGGACGUUGAGCCAACUGACAUCUGCGGACAACCGCCAUACGCACAAACACGAAGUUAGUAACACGUUUGAAGGCCAGACCACUCCAGCGAUGUCCGAGUGGUAUCAUAAAGGUGGGAGGACAAGGCCAGAACCUUCAACGAGUCCUAAAAAGAGGAAAGUGGGGAGGCCUGCAAAAAAAGCAGUGUUUGAAGGCGAAUACUCUACGAAAAAGAAACGAGGCAAGAAACCUACGUAUAUUGUGCGCAAAGAGACAAAAGCGCUGCUUGAAAUGGAGGUAGAGAAACUGAAGCUUCAAGUUGCGCAGCUUAGGAAAGCUAGUGGGAUUCCAGACGCUUUUUUUGCUGAAAAGGAACAGCUGCGAUUGAAAAUGCACGAUAAUGAUAAGCUUCGAGCUGAGUUAAGGAAGCAAGAUUUGCUGCUGAGAAAUGCACACUCCGUGAUAGCAGUCGAAUAUUUGAUGAAGUGUUCUAAUUGUCCAAUCGAGACGUUCAUCCAUCUGACGACUAACUUAGAUCAGCGACGAGCACUUCUUGAGGGACUGAAAGAAAUAAAGUUACAACAAGCGAACGAAUUUAUCAAUAACAGGUCUGGUUUCUUACCACAAGUAACACAGUGGUGUCAGGAAAGCAAGUUUGAAGUGUCAGAUGGAAAUUACUGUGCAGAAAAGAUGGAUAAUACGCCAUUUUAUGGGGUGCGCUCUGUGCGACAGGUUUUCGAGGCGCUGCAGGUAUAUUUUCAAAAUACAGAGAUCAGUCUUUUUAAGAUGUUUGGCGACAUUCCAAGGAAUGAAGAUCACGAUAGUUUGGCCAAGAAUUCAUUUUCGAAUCAUCGAUUAGUUUGCACCUUGGCUCAUGGCGUCAAAGCUGACAAGAACAUUGUCAAGUUUUUCAAGUUUGUGGAUGCGAAAGUAGAAGCUGAUCUUGAAAGACAAAGUUCAUAUGGUCUAGUUGCUAUCGACUCUGUUGACAUUGACGAUUUGUAUCCGUACAUCCCGCAAGAACGUGUUCGAAUUGACAUUAGUGCAGCAAUGAAGUUUACAGAACACUUUCGCAAAAGACCGUCGAAUCGCAUACGAAAGACACCGAAAACUCUGCAUCCGUUGUAUGGGAAAGGUUUUCCGUACAAUCAAGAUCUAGAAGAUAGUGAUGACGAUGAAAAUGAGCGCGUGGUGGUCCUCACGCGCUUUGUUCGCGUCAAGUUACAUCACACCAAAAUGGACAUUCCAUCGCAUAUUCUUCAAGAGGUUCGCCAAGGACUCUGUAGUUUCUUAGAUUCGAUGAUCCAAAGCAUGCAUCGUAUCAUUUACGAGACUCAAUAG